AUGGUGAAACCUCGGUUUAAGGGUAAAAGCUCGAUAAACCCCUCUUCGUCCAGCAGUAACCCUGAUCGAGCAAAGGGUGCUGGCGGGAACAACAUGAGGGAUCGAGCCACCAUCAAGCGUCUGAACAUGUACAGACAAAAGCAGAGAUGUAAUAAUCGUGGGAAAGUGGUGAAACCUUUACAGUACCAGUCGACAGUAGCUCCAGGGACUGUGGCCAGAGUAGAACCCAACAUCAAAUGGUUUGCAAAUACUCGUGUUAUCAAGCAGUCGUCCCUCCAGAAGUUCCAGGAGGAAAUGGGAGCAGUACAAAAGGACCCAUAUCGGGUGGUGAUGAGACAAAGCAAACUGCCCAUGUCCCUCCUGCAUGACAGAGUCAAAGCCCACAAUUCAAAGGUGCACAUUUUAGACACCGAAGGUUUUGAGACCACAUUUGGCCCCAAGGCUCAAAGGAAGCGGCCGAGUCUCAUGGUCGGGGAUGUGAAGGACCUGUUGGAGCAGGCGGAGGCUUCAGCGCUGAAAUACGACGCAGACAAAGACAAGAACCUCGUCACGGAGGACACAGGGGUCCGGGAGGAAGCCCGCGAGGAGAUUUUCAAGAAAGGCCAGUCCAAAAGGAUCUGGGGAGAGCUUUACAAGGUGAUCGACUCGUCUGAUGUAAUCAUUCAAGUGCUGGAUGCCCGCGACCCCAUGGGCACGCGCUCUAAGAACAUAGAGACGUACCUGAAGAAAGAGAAGGCCUGGAAACACCUGAUCUUUGUGCUGAACAAGUGUGACCUCAUCCCCACCUGGGUCACGAAACGGUGGGUAGCUCUUUUGUCCCAGGAGUACCCGACUCUGGCUUUCCAUGCUAGCCUCACCAACUCCUUUGGCAAGGGCUCCCUCAUCCAGCUCCUUAGGCAGUUUGGUAAGCUCCACACAGACAAGAAACAGAUAAGUGUGGGUUUCAUAGGCUACCCAAACGUAGGAAAGAGCUCGGUCAUCAACACUCUGAGAUCCAAGAAGGUCUGCAACGUAGCGCCCUUAGCCGGAGAAACCAAGGUGUGGCAGUACAUCACCUUGAUGAGGCGCAUCUUCCUCAUCGACUGCCCCGGUGUCGUGUACCCCUCAGAGGACAGUGAAUCGGACAUUGUUCUGAAAGGAGUGGUUCAAGUGGAGAAGAUCAGGAACCCAGAGGAGCACAUCGGGGCCGUACUGGAGCGAGCCAAGCCGGAGUACAUUCAGAAGACCUACCGUAUCCCCUCGUGGCAAUCUGCUGAAGACUUUCUGGAGAAGCUGGCACUUCGCACUGGAAAACUUCUGAAGGUCCCCGGGGGAGAACCAGAUCUUUCCACAGUCUCCAAAAUGGUGCUGAAUGACUGGCAGAGGGGGCGUAUCCCUUUCUUUGUGAAACCACCAGGGCCUGAGGGAGACCAGGAGGACCAGAAGCCGCUGCCAAUCGAAGCGCCGCCAGAAGGGGAGAACGUGAUGGAGGAGCAGCCAGAAAAGCAGGACUCCAUCCCGGAGGAAGAGGAGCAACAGCAGCAGAGGAAGAAGGAGCAGGUCCAGAAGAUUCUUGCUAACGUGCGACAGAAUUUUGGAAAGAUCAGCGUGGCGCCGGAGUUCUGCGAAGAGGACCUGGUUCCAGUGGAGAUGCCUGAGCUGGACAUGAGUGACUACUCUGGCUCUGAGGCCGAGGACGAGGGCGAGGAAGAUGCGCCGGCAGAGGAAGAUGAGACCAGCGCCGAAGCAGCCGCCGGAGAGGCCGCGCCGUCCGAGGCCACGACCUCUCAGACCGACAGAGCCAGCAGCGGCAAGAGUUCCCGCGCGGUCAUACGCGAGCUGGAUGAGAAAAUCACAAAGUACAAGCAGUUCCUGGACCGAGCCAAGUCCAAGCGCUUCUCUACGAUCCGGAUACCAAAGGCGCUCUCUGAGAAAGUGUUCACAGACAUCAAAGCUAAACAAGCAGCAGCCACUCAAGCUCAGCGGAAAGGCAGACAGUCUGACGCUGCAAGCAGGAAGAGGAAGGCUGAGGAGGAGGAUGAGUUGACACAGUCCCCAAAGCUGACGUCAAAGCAGAGAAGAGCGAUUGAACGUGCGCAGAGGGCGAAAAAGGUCGGCGUGCGCUAUUACGAAACGCACAACGUCAAAAACAAGAACAAGAACCGAAAAGCCCCGGCACCGAGCACAGAGGGUCAGCGGGCCAAGCGGUCAAAGCAGUAG